UUGCCCUUCCCUAGCCGGGGCCUGCAGCUGCUGAGCGCUGGAAGGGCGGAGCUGAGGGCCGCGCUCUCUUUGCCUCGCUGCGGGGAAACGCGAGAAACCCAGUCGGCCGGGGAGUGCUGGUUUCUGCGGAGCGGAUUUUCCUUCACAGCCGUUCAGCAUGUUUGGGAUGAUCAGAAAUUCCCUUUUUGGGACAGCGGAGGUUUGGCCCUGCCGAGUCCUGAGCAAGGGGGAGAAGGAUGAGGUAGCCUAUGAGGAAAGGACAUAUGAAGGUGGGAAGUUUGCCACUGUUGAACUCACAGGAAAGCCCUUUGAUGAGGCCUUACGUGAAGCAGUGCUGAAGCUUCUUAAAUAUGUUGGAGGAAGCAAUAAUCAAGGAGCUGGCAUGGGGAUGAUGGCUCCAGUGUGCAGCACUGUGUUUCCUGCAGAGGACGGGUCAUUGCAGCACAAAGUGAAAGUCCUGCUACGGAUUCCAAGCCAGUUCCAGAACAACCCCCCUUCACCGACCGAUGAGAGCAUCCGGGUUGAAGAAAGGGAAGAAAUGGCUGUUUAUUCUAUGCAGUUUGGAGGCUAUGCAAAAGAAGCAGACUAUGUGAAUUAUGCAGCCAAGCUAACUUCUGCCUUAGGAAAUGAGGCAUCUUUCCACAAAGACUUCUAUUUUUGCAAUGGUUAUGAUCCCCCCAUGAAACCCUAUGGUCGGUGCAAUGAAGUUUGGCUGUUGAAAAAGUGAGCAAAAUAAAAAUGCAAAAGCUGUCCCGAUUUCUUGAAAGAACUAUAGGAAAAUAUCCACAAAUACCAUGGAAAGCAGAUGGCUUGAUUUUGAGAUUCACAGGUCAUUUCUUUUUAUUUUUAAUGAGCAUAUUGUUCAUAAAAUUCUUUUAUAUUUGCCAUUUAUUUCAUAAGACAUAAAUUACAUUUCUUGAGAUGGUUUCUGUCCUCCACAGAAUAGGAAGAAUAAAGUGCAUUCUACAAAGAACAAUAUUUUUAAACUGCA